UGGCCUGUGGACGCCUAAUUCGUGCGCAGGGACUUCCGGCGUGGUAGGGCAUUGCUGAGUCUUGCAUGGGUCAGCCGUAGGGGAAGCGCGGCGUUCCGGUCCUACCUCGGGGACGUCUUGGCUGGGGUGAACCAGGGGACCAGUGCAGUGGCUCCCGGAACUGAUUGAAGCCCAAGCCUAGGAGUCUGCUGCGCCCAGGCUGGAGCUGGGCUCUCCAGCUGCGACUUGGAGUCCCGGUUCCCCGGCUCCUGCUGACGCUGUACAUCCUUGGACGGUGCUCGGUGCACCGUCCUAGGCGGGCGCAGCUGGUUUCGUGGUCAGUACACUCUGGGGCUUUAACGAUGGCGUCGGGCCCGGGUUCCCAGGAACAGGAAGGACUACUGAUAGUGAAAUUGGAGGAGGACUGUGCCUGGAGCCAGGAGCUGCCCCCUUCUGACCCAGGACCGAGCCCAGAGGCCUCCCACCUGCGCUUCAGACGUUUCCGCUUCCAAGAGGCAGCUGGUCCCCGGGAAGCCCUUAAUCGGCUCCAGGAACUUUGCCAUGGGUGGCUGCGGCCAGAGAUGCGCACCAAGGAGCAGAUCCUGGAGCUUCUGGUGCUGGAGCAGUUCCUGAUUAUUCUACCCCAGGAGAUCCAGAGCAGGGUGCAGGAGCUGCAUCCAGAGAGUGGCGAAGAAGCGGUGACCCUUGUGGAAGAUAUGCAGAGAGAGCUUGGGAGACUGAGACAGCAGGUCACAAACCAUGGGCAGGGAACAGAAGUGGUUUUGGAGGAGCCUUUGCCUCUGGAAACAGCACAAGAGUCACCGAGCUUCAAGCUGGAGCCAAUGGAGACUGAGCGAAGCCCUGGCCCCAGACUGCAGGAGCUGCUAGGCCACAGCCCCAAAAGGGAACCUCAGGCUGUAAAGGAUCGGGCAUUAUCUGCUGCUCCCUGGCUUUCUCUCUUUCCUCCUGAAGGGAACAUAGAAGACAAGGAAAUGACUGGGCCCCAGUUGCCUGAGAGCUUAGAGGACGUGGCAGUGUACAUCUCCCAGGAGGAAUGGGGGCAUCAGGAUCCUAGUAAGAGGGCCCUCUCCAGGGACACGGUGCAGGAGAGUUAUGAGAAUGUGGACUCGUUGGAAUCUCACAUUCCCCGUCAGGAGAUCCCAACCACCCAGGUAGAACAAGGAGUAAAGCCAUGGGAUGCCAGUGUCCAGAGUUGCAAGGAGGGUCAGAGUCCCAGAAGCCCAUCUCAAGGGAAAGAGAAAUUUGACAACCCAGAAGAAAACAGUCAGUCUGUUUCUCCUGAGAAUAUUCACCCUCAGGCACUGCUCCCUGGCCAGGCUAGAGGGGAGGUGCCCUGGAGUCCUGAUCAGGGAAGACCUCAUGACAGGGCAGAAGGGAAUUGGGAGCCUCCCCCACAGGAUCAAAUGGAGCAGCCUUUAACAGGAGCCACCAGUUACAGGGAACUGGGGCGACCAAGGGAACUACAGCCAAAGAAACUCCAUUUAUGUCCCUUGUGUGGCAAAAAUUUCUCUAACAACUCAAAUCUAAUUAGGCACCAGAGAAUACAUGCAGCAGAAAGACUGUGUAUGGGGGUAGAGUGUGGUGAAAUCUUUGGUGGGAACCCACACUUUCUGUCACUACACAGAGCACACCUGGGAGAAGAGGCCCAUAAGUGCCUCGAAUGUGGAAAAUGCUUCAGUCAGAAUACUCAUCUUACUCGUCAUCAGCGGACCCACACAGGCGAGAAGCCCUAUCAGUGUAACAUAUGUGGAAAAAGCUUCUCUUGCAACUCGAACCUCCAUAGGCACCAGAGAACACAUACAGGGGAGAAGCCCUACAAGUGCCCUGAGUGUGGGGAAAUCUUUGCUCACAGUUCCAACCUUCUUCGCCACCAGAGAAUUCAUACCGGGGAAAGACCCUAUAAGUGUCCCGAGUGUGGGAAAAGUUUCUCUCGGAGUUCACACCUUGUCAUUCAUGAAAGAACUCAUGAGAAAGAGAGGCUUUAUUCCUUCUCUGAGUGUGGGGAAGCCAUGAAUGACAGUGCCCCCUUUUUUACAAACCACAGAGUCCACAAGGCAGAGAAGAAAGUUUUUGAAUGUUUGACUUGUGGGAAAAGCUUCCGACAGGGCAUGCACCUCACCAGACAUCAGAGAACCCAUACAGGAGAGAAACCAUAUAAAUGUACCCUUUGUGGGGAAAACUUUUCUCAUAGAUCCAACUUAAUCAGGCACCAGAGAAUUCACACAGGAGAAAAACCCUAUACCUGUCAUGAGUGUGGAGACAGUUUCUCACACAGCUCCAAUCGGAUUCGUCACCUAAGAACCCACACAGGAGAGAGACCUUAUAAAUGUUCUGAAUGUGGAGAAAGCUUCUCUCGGAGUUCACGUCUUACAAGUCAUCAGAGAACUCACACCGGUUAGAAACAAUGGGACUUCUCUUUGCCCCAGAUAAGAUGCCAUAAUCAGAGGGUCAGAGCUGAGAUUCUUUGCCCAGCUUGACCAAAUGACCUCUGCAUUUGUCAGGUAAUUUAAGAGGAAAUGGUAGUUCAUUGAGAGAAAGGUGCAGAGGCACCAAAGGAUUUGCGUGAAACUAAAAAAGGCAUUCUGUCUGCACUAGUAAGUUCUUUGCAGUGAACUGACGGGGUCAGAAUUCACUAUUAGGUCCAUCCUGUCCCAAGGUGCACAUACUCUGUGGGUAUGAUUGGGUGCCUUACUAUGUCCAUUGUUAAUCUCAACAACUUUGAGUAUCCGUGUGAUCUUUCUGUUAAUACUUAACUCAUUUGGGACAUUCAGCAGGAGCAUUUGGACUCCUGGGGCCUGUAAGACCAGAGAAGAGGGGCCAAGUCUCUUGGGAAAUCCUGCUGGAAGUCAACAAAAGACUGGUUGUGAAUUGCAGCUGUCUUGAAGACCCUGGUUGCGUAGUCAUGGGCAGUUCAGAUCCAGCCACCACAUGCCCCUUAAUGGCCUGCAGGGGUGCCUGUUGGCAGAUAAUGUGUCCAAAUGUGACCUAGACUAAAAGGAGACCUAAGGGAAAUAAUAAAGUGUAAUUUGCACAUCAGCUCCUGAUACUGGCAGAGUGUUGAUUAGUUUACUCUUUGCAGAGAUUUCUUCCCCUACUUGUGUCAAAAAAAGAUGAACAGGGAACAAAUGGGUUCUGUGAAAGAUGGAAUUCUUUAUGAAACUUUGAAAAGGUGGACCCUAGGGAAAUUAGGGAUUGUGUCCUUCCCUAUUGGAAAUGUGUUUAGAUGGUUAAUAAAUAUUUUCAGGAAAUGUGAAUGUGUGAAUCUUCAUUAAGGACCUUUGACCUCAGUGUUGAUCUGUCUCAUCUCUGCCUUGGUCAGAGGGUCUGCUUUCUCUUUGGUUGGUCAGGAAGGUUUUGAAAAGGUGGCAGCAGACAGGGUGAGGCAGGGUGUGGCCUGGCAGACUCCUGGCUGGGACUGCCACAUGGAAACAGAGUCAAGCUGAAUGGCUGCUUGGGGUGAUACUCUAGGGCAGGCAUCCUCAAACUGCAGCCCGCAGGCCACAUGAUGCAAUGUGAAUUGUAUUUGUUCCCGUUUUGUUUUUUACUUCAAAAUAAGGUAUGUGCAGUGUGUGUAGGAAUUUGUUCAUAGUUGUCUGAGGGACAGUGAACUGGCUCCCUGUUUAAAAAGUUUGAGGACAUCUGCUGUAGGGUGUCUGAAAAGUAUUCUCUGUUUCUAGCAAACUUCACAUGUAUAACUGUUCUCAGCCUGUUGUAAU